ACGGUCUUUGCAGACUGACAGACAAGGCGGUGGAAGAAAAAGCUGUCUGCUUGUGAUCUCUAGCCGCCGCUGUGGCUUUUACUGCUAGUUGUUUUAUUUUGUAAAAAUCAAAAUGAUUUAUCGACAUGUUCUGGUGAACAUUUGCCCACAACUGCGACGUGCAAACUGCAGAUAUUUUACCAAAUGGUUUCAAGGCAGUUCGGAAUAUACAAGCAUAUCAGAAGGUUUGAAAAGCAUAUACGAUAAUAAAUUAUUGCCUCUGGAGGAAAAGUAUCUGUUCCAUGAUUUCCAUGGACCCAAGCUCAAUGCUCCAGAUUUUGAAGCAAAGCCCAUUGUGCUUCUUAUGGGUCAGUACUCUACUGGAAAAACAACAUUCAUCCGCUUUCUAAUUGAAAGAGAUUUUCCUGGAAUGUCAAUCGGACCAGAGCCCACAACAGAUAAAUUUAUUGUCUUGAUGAAAGGGGAACGAGAGCAGGUUAUUCCCGGCAAUGCUCUUGUUGUGGACUCUUCAAGACAGUUCAACCAACUUUCAAAGUUUGGAAACCCAUUUUUGAAGCGCUUCCAGUGCUCACUUGUACCUUCACCAGUCCUCUCUGGCAUGACACUGAUUGACACCCCUGGCAUUCUCUCUGGAGAGAAGCAGAGGGUUGAUCGUGGCUAUGAUUUUAGUGGUGUACUUGAAUGGUUUGCUGGCCGAGUGGACCGUAUAAUAUUAUUAUUCGAUGCUCACAAGCUGGAUAUAUCUGAUGAGUUUAAACGGUCAUUGAAGGCACUUCAUGGCCAUGAGGAUAAGAUACGCAUUCUUUUAAACAAGGCUGAUAAAAUUAAUCAUCAACAGCUAAUGCGAGUGUAUGGAGCACUUAUGUGGUCCUUGGGAAAAGUUUUUACCACUCCUGAGGUGUCAAGGGUGUAUGUUGGUUCAUUUUGGGAUAAUCCUCUCGAAAAUGACCUUAAUAGAAAGUUGUUUGAUGAUGAAAAAGAAGAUCUGUUUAGGGACUUGAGGUCCCUACCUGAGUAUGCUGAAUUAAGAAAGCUCAACGAUCUAAGCAAACGAGCCCGUCUAGCCAAGGUGCAUGCUUAUAUUAUUGGAGCACUUGCAAAGGAGAUGCCACGGCUUUUUGGAAGGGAUGCUAAAAAGAAGGAAUUGAUCAAUAACUUACCUAAAAUAUACGAACACUUACAGUGGGCACUUAAGAUUGCACCUGGUGACUUCCCUGAUAUUAAGUUAAUGCAGGAUCAGCUAGAACUUCAUGACUUCAGCAAAUUUGAGCUGCUUGAUGAAGAACUUCUUAAAACUGUUGAUGACAUGUUGGCCUCUGACAUAACUCGAAUUAUGUCACUUAUGCCAGUGCAAGAGGAGAAAUUUGCCAGCACAGAUACUGUUACAGGAGGAGCAUUUGCUAACAUAGACGACCGUGAAAGUCCAUUUGGGUUUGGGCGUAAUGAGGGUGUAUUGGCUGGUCAUGGGGAUCUUGAGUGGAUUGUUGCGAAGAGCAAGCCAAUCUAUGAUGAUUUAUUCAACUCUUUGGAACAGGUUGGAGGAAAACUCACAAGAGCAGCCGCAAAAGACGAGCUUUUGAAGUCAAAGCUCCCCAACUCAGUUCUAAGCCGUAUUUGGCAUUUAGCAGAUGUGGAUAGAGAUGGACUGCUUGAUGCUGAUGAAUUUGCUUUAGCAAUGCAUCUGAUCAAAGUGAAGGUGGAUGGACAUGAUAUUCCUGCAGAACUUCCUUCUCAUCUAGUACCCCCAUCAAAGAGACUGUCUCGAAGAAAAGCAUCACUAACAUCAUGAUUGACAAUUGUAUUUAAAAAAUUAUUUUGAAAGCACUGCUUAGCUUCGUCUAUGAGGUUCUCUAUUUUAUUUAUAAGCGACAAUCACUGUGUUCCCAACAGUAUUGUACUCAUCUAAGAUGACAGCAGGUUGGUAGAUUUCCUGUGCACAUUCAUGCAGAUUCACUGCUUAAACUAUUGUCCAAAAUGUAAAUGUUAUAGAAAAAUGAAAAUGGAAAUAAGGUUCUGACAGCAAAACAUUCUACAUAAUCCUAUUCCUGCCUCUACUGAGGUAGGCUUAUUGUUACCUAUUUUUCUAACUUUUCUUUAAAGUUUUGUUUGUUUUCUGUUAAAAUAAUCAGUGCAGUUCUACUUGUGGUAGCUGAAGAGGGUCCCCUAGACCUUGCUCUUUGUAUGGAAAUUGGCAAGUGAUCUUGACAUCUGUGAUUUUAAUAUAAAUUUAAGUGUGUUAAUCAGU